UGUAUGUGCAUGUAUGCAUAUUUUCUCUUCGCCCUUCUCUGGUUCUGUCAUUUGCUCUGACCCAGCCACUACAUAUCGAGAUGAACAUUUGUUCUCUACUAAAACAUCAUAAACAUAAACAGAAAGUCAAUUAAAACUGCAGUUGAACAGUAGAUAAUUGUUCUCUCAAAGUUUUAUGUAUAUGCCUGACUUAAGAGCUAAGUCAAUAGAAGUCAUAAAAGAUCAAUUGUAAUAUUUAGCAUCUAUUCCUGGAUACAGCCUUCUGCCUCUGUUGCUAUCAGAAAUUAAACAUAAAAGCUUGAUGGUGUGAUGCUGGUUAAACACCUGGCAGGAUCAAUAGCUUAGAAAGGUAAAGCAGAAUAGUGCUAGGACUGACCUCAAAAGUAUAAUCUGUUCAGGCUCCUCUUGUGACUUCAACAUAGCUAGGGGCUUAAUCAGGGAGGCACUCAAUUGACUUAAACUCAGAUGACCAGCUGUCGGCAUUGAGGAAGUAAGGCAGACGGACUUUCCUUUUUAGGUGACAUCUGUGCUGUUAGAUGAUGUCAAUGAACCAGCUUUGAUGCAUUAUGCUGGGCUAGGCACAUUAGUAACUGUCAGGAUAUGAUCUUGCUUUCACUGUUCAGUUUGUUGAAUUUUGUUUCUGCUGCAGCAUUGAUUCUUGGGCCUACCACUAAAUGUCAUGCUUCGCAGGCUCAACAUAUGAAGACGUGGUGACUGUUCAAAUUGAGCUUGGCCACAAAGCUGAUUUUAAGCCAAGGCCAUCCCCUGAGGGCUUCACUCAUGACUGGAUGGUGUUUGUGCGUGGUCCAGAUGGCACGAACAUUCAACAUUAUGUAGAGAAGGUGGUCUUUCAUCUCCAUGACACCUUCAAAAAUCCAAAGAGAGUUGUGACAGAGCCACCAUAUGCAGUAUCAGAAAGUGGGUAUGCUGGAUUCCUACUGCCUAUUGAAAUUUUCUUCAGAAACAAGCAACAGCCUCGUAAAAUUCGCUUUGAAUAUGAUCUCUAUCUUAAUGGAGAAGGAGCAGGACCAGUUAACAACAAACGUCAUGAAAAGCUGAAGUUUUCUAAUCCCUCGGAAGACUUUCGACAGAAGCUGUUAAAAGCUGGAGCUGUGAGCAGUAUUGCAGCAGCAGCAAACCAGCCAUUUAUGGAUUUGUUUGGCCCUCCUAUCAAGACAAGUUUGGUGGACAGUCCAAAGAAACAUAAGAAUAAGGAUAAAGAUAAAAGCUACAGCAGAGGUAAACAUUCACCAGCUACAUCAAAUUCUUCGUCCACCUCAGAAAAAGAUUCAAAGAGCGACAGCCACAUUCAUGUUUCAGGGAAAGACAUUUCCAAUUCUAUUUCGGCACCACAGAAGGACAGAGAUGUUACAGCUUCUUCACAAAGAGACAAGGAAGGAUUCUCAUCAUCAUCAAAAGAUAGAGAAAACACUUCUUCACACAAAGACAGUAGCAGUAGCAGCUUGUCACAAAGAAGCUCAUCAUCAGCAAGAGAAAAAGAAAGGGAUUCCACAUCAUCCUCUAGUCAUAAGGACAAAGAUACUUUGUCUCAUAAAGAUUAUAAAGGUGGUGGCACUGGACUUUCUCAUAAGGAAAAAAAUGGUUUCAAAAAGAGUAGCUCUAGUUCAGGCCAUAGAGAGACCAGUUCUUCAUCAGCUCCGUUGUCAUCAUCUACAUCCCAUGGACAGAAAAGCAGUAGUUCAUUUUAUAAAAGUAGCCACAGAGACAUUUAUGGUUCUAGCGUGAAGGCCAGUCCUGGAAAAGAUGUGCAGGGAACCACAGACAUGGGUUCUUCCUUGAAAGAAGGGUCAUCUAACCACAAAAAGAAAUCCAAAGACAAAGCAGGCCGAGACAAGGAGAGUGGUGAGUCAACAAGCAAGCGAGCAUUAGAGCCAGUAGCAAUGGGAGACAACCCUUCCACAAAAAAAAGAAAGUUGGACAGUAAAAACAGUUCUUCCAAAAGCAAAUCGAAAUCAGAACAUGACAAGUCCUCCUCAAAGGACAGCAGUGCGAAGUCCAGUUCCAAGAAUGAGUCGUCUAAGCCCCCAAAGAAGAAGGAGGGCAAAUCUGAAAAUUCUAAAAUGCCAGAAGAAUUAGAUUCAAGAUCUUCAUCUGCAACUAGCAGUAAAAGGAAGAGCAUAGAGAAGCGAGUGGCGGACGACAUAGACAAAAAGGGGGAAAGCAGCAAGAAGACUUGCACCCCAGCGUUGAUGCAGCGAAGGCCCAGCAACAGCUCUGUGAGUUCAGAAGUCUCCACAGUGUCCAGCCUCCAGUUCACAGAUGAGGAGGAAGAGCGCCCCGGCCUAGACAUUUCAAACCUCAUGGCCGAUCUAGGUAGUCCUAGUGACAAAGAGCAAAACAGCAAGCCAAAACCUAAACUGGCAUCUCCAGCUCCAUCUUCACCAGUUCCUGUGCAUUCGGGAUCCUUAUUAUCAAAAUCCAAAACAUCAAAAAUGUCUUCUUCAAGCAUAUCGUUGAAAAAAAAGUCACCACCUUCUCCAGUGAAUUUUUCAAACAAUGCAUCUUCAUUGUCUUCAUCAAGAUCAUUAAAGCCUUCUGCCUCAACUUCAUCCACAAAGAAAAAAUCACCAAACUCCUCGUCAUCAAAAAACAGCCGACCACCCUCCUCUUCCACAGAUAAAACCAAAGAAAAGAAAAUUUCCAGUGACAAACAGCAAGAAAAGCUUUCAAAAGAGAGCAAAGCUGAAAAAUGUGAACCCAAGACAGACAGCCCUCAAGCUCUCCCUCCAGUCUCCCGGAAAGAAUCACAAAGUUCUGUUCUAGAAAAAGUCAAUAGGGUUGACAAGAAAAAAAAUGAAACUACUGCACCUCAGAAAGCUUUGAAGGUUGAGAGGAAAAGCUCGGAAGAGGAGGGGGAACUUUCUUCCUCAUUAAAUCUUUCAGAUAGUAGUGACGAAGAAAUGGAAAUGGUAGUUAAUGAUGACAGAAGAGGGAACAGUGCAUCAGUAUCUAGUGAAACAGUUCCACCCCAGGCAGACCCCUCAAAUGUGGGUGCACCAGAUCGGAGGGUCAGUGUAGACAGUAUGCAUCACAUGUCCCAUGAGAAUGGUGGAUUGUUUUACAAGGAUGAUCUUGCAGACAAUGGAUACACUUUGUGGAGUCUUGUGUUGUUGCAAAAAGAGAUUGAAAGUGUCUCGGAACCAUCUGUGCUUCAAGAAAUUGCCGAAUUGGUCUUUGAUUCUGGGAAAUCCGCAACUUAUGAUGAUACCUUUGAAUUCGACCUAUGUGCCAUGGAAAAGGACGUGGUAGAUAAAAUCAGAGACAUUGUCUCUCAGCAUCAUAGAAACCCUUGAUUUUUUUUGUUUUUUGUUAUUAUUAUUAUUUAAAAGUGUUUUGCUUCUGGCUGGUUUUGUUUGAUCAGAGCAUACCUGAAUUUCCUGCCAUAAUGUUUGGAGCUGUGUGCUGUUGAAUGAUCUGUUGACAGCAAACUGUACCAGACUGAUAGAAUAAAGAAGUCUGCAUUUCAUCAACAUGAGAUUCUCUUGAUUGGCUUUUAACUGCUGCCACAGCACAUGCAUCAAGUAACUAUCAGACACCUGCAAGGACCGGAAUCGACCUUCAUUGUUUAGGAAAUUACCAUCCACAUGUUAGUAUAGUGAUGUGCUCUUAUGACCCACAAGUUCCUGGUCUGUUGAUGUUGCCUUUUAAUUAGGACUUAGUUCUGCUGACUUGGACAUAUUGAAGACAUCAGUCAGAACUUGGAAGAAGGGGGAUCCCUCCAAAAAAAAACAAACAGCAGUUUGUGCUAGCAUCAGCUUUGCCCUUAAUUGUUUCUGAAUGAAGAAAAGAUUGUGUUUGCAAUAUUUCUUGUGUGUUUGUGUGUCAUGCUUUUAAAGGCAUCUUUAUGUUGUGUAGCUUUACACCUCCCAUUUUCUUCCAGCUUUUUCAUUUGAGGGACACGACUUCCUGCUUUUUUGAAUAAGAUUAUGAUUUUAGUAAGAUUAUGUCUUCUUACCUGGAGUAUGAGUUCUUUGAGUCAGUUUUUGGUAAAUGUCUGCUGGCAGUUAUUAUGGCUACAUUUUUCGGUUUCUGUUAAUGGGGUCUAGUCAAACUUGAUAAUAUAGUCUGAAAAUGGAGCCUCGCCUGUGUUUAUUAACAUUCCAUUUCCUGUUUAACUCUGGCUAGUAUUGUACUGGUGAUUUGUGUAUGCUAUUUUUGGAUAGCAACGUGUGAAUAUCAGACACAAAUUUUUAAGAGUUUAAGUAAAAGGAUGUGGUCUAAAAAAAUUUGAUUCACAAUAAGGUUUUCCUUUGACACCAGUCAGCAGUACUUUCCGUGGCCAGACAUGCCAUCUUUCAGCUGUUAGACUGGUGUGACAAUAUAUACUGGGAAGUAAGAAUCUUACUUCUUUUGUGAUGGCAUUUAUAUGAACCCUGCCACACACCCAUUUGUUAGAUCAUUUUGGGUUUUGUAUAAAUACCAUUAUAAAAUUCUGUAUAUUGCAGAUUUGUUCAAAAAAAUCUCUAAAUAUUUCUUUUUAUUUCAGAUCUGAAUUAAUUUUAUUGUCUGCUUGUCCCAUCACCCCUGUCAUUUUCUUCCCACAAAAAAAAAAAAAAGCAGAAAGCAAAAGGUCUCAAAAGCUGUAUAUUCCAAUGCGCACAUCAUUCUUUUAAUGUUGAAGUUCAAAGGCAUAGAACUUCUUUCCUAAUAGUGCAUGACUAUUGUUUUUGCAUUCACGCAAUUACACUUGGAGACCUGCUCUUAGGAUGAAGCUGGCAGUCAUCUGCUGAGCAUCCACAGACCCCUAUAUCUUGAUGUUACCAGCGCCAGCAAAGGCCAGACCUCUGCCCUCAGUUCCUGGAUGAGACUACUCACCUGUAGGAUGUGCUGUGUAGUCUGUUUUAUGUUCCCACAAGAAUAUGAUGGGAUGAAAUGAGGUGUAGUUUCGAGAUGUGUAGCUUAAUGUAAGACUUCUUUUCAGCCUGUUCUUUCUCAUUGCAAACUUUUUUCUUUGAUGUAGCAUGGAGAAAAGAUUGUUUGUUAAUGCUUGUAAUAGCUUUAUUCAUUUGCACAGUUGUGGUCGCUGUUCCAUUUUAUUUAUGUCAGUACAAGCUAGCCAUUUAGGUUUCAUGAAAACCACUUGCCAAGUCUCUUUUUUAUUUAACAGUAGCACACUAAGAGGCAUUAUAAGUGAAACAAAAAUAGUCCCUAUGAAAGAUAGAGGACUUUGAUAUUUUAUUUUAAUAAUUGUGUACUGUUUUACUGACACAUCAUGACUGUGAUCUUUCUGUUUGCAAUGUAUGUUUCAUUUUUGAAUGAUGGUAAGAAAGAGAGAGACUUAGUGUAAGAUUUGAUUUGUGCUGUGCUGCAAAGGUGGAUUUACAUACAUUUCUGUCUCCAUAGAGUGAAAUGAGUGGUUGUAUUCUGACCAUAUGUGAAUUUAAUUUAUGACAAAGACUUCAACAAGGCCUUGUCUUUAAACUAGAAUAUAUGGAUCUAUGGUAGAAAAUAUUUUUUACUUUUUCCCUCUACCUUUUCACCAAUGUAUUCAAUAGAAAAGCAAGUUUCUCGCCACUAGUAGCUUUUAAAAGGGCAAUAACCUGCUGAUCUGGUCAUACCAUUCUACACCUAAGCUACACCCAGCUCACGAUGGUUACUCUGUAACCAGAUCUCUGAGUAACGCUGCAUACUGUGGAAGGGAGAUUAGGACACACUCAAAGCUUCAUGUAGAGAAGUAUGCAUGUGCCAGUGCUGCUGUUGCUAAUGUUCAUAUCCUCAAGUGUUUGUUAUUUAUAAAUGAGUUUCUAACCAGUCCUAAUUUUAGUUCACAUGAGCCUUGGAUGCAAUUAUAUUUGAGUCAUAUGUGAAGUAACUCUUUUCAGAGUGGGGUCAAGUUUUCAAUAACUGCAUUUAAGUGUGAUGUCAUUUACUUUUCCUAUUACAGAUUCCUUGGUUUUUUUAAUUGAGCUCCCACCCACUCCAGAUACUAGUGAUCAAUUUGCAUGGACUUGUUGAGGGAUUUUCUGCUGUCAUCUUCUGGAGAAAUUGACAAUAGAAAAUUGCUAAAUGUACUUUUGUCUUUGGCAGAAUAAACUCAUAUUCUUGUCUAAUGAAAGUCACAAAAUGGGCUAUGAGUUCCAAGUUGGAAAUUAUUCCUGACAGUUUGGCCUCUCAGGCAAGAAUUUUCUACGGGUUGUGUACAGUUCUUAGUCAUGAACAAAUUUUUCAAGGGUCUGAAUUCAUGUGCAUACAAGCCAUUGUAGCAGAACUUCUUUGGCUCCUAAAGUUAUUUGUGCACAAACGGUUGCCGUAAGUACUUAAACACUAUGACCAUGCAUAAAACACCAGCUUCAGCAGCCCUGCCUGUUGGAAAUUGCAUGAAUUGUGAAGUUGUUACACAAAUUUCGGUUGCUUUAGCGGAGACUAUCAUGGUUGAAUGGCCCAUCUUUGUUGUGCAAAACCCUGGGUUAUAUAGAGUCUAUAUACAGAGUGCGAUGUUAAUUACCUGCAGGGGGUUUACUUGUGAACACUUCGAGCUUAGCCACUUUGGCUACAUUUUGUGGGUUCAGACACACCGUACUAUUCUAGCCACUUGAUCUGGCUUGUGUGCAGAUGCACAGUUCAACCUUGGCUAUUUGUUCUGGGUUGUGAACACGCAAUGGUUAAUUAUUAAGUUUCAAGGUUUUUUUUGUAUAAGAAAAAUAGACAUUAACAUUUAAAGCUAGUAUAAGAACAAGCUUAAUAUCCAGUGGAAAUUAAGAAUUUAUAAAGCAUAUGCUUCUUGUUAAUAACAAAUGAAUAGGAGAUGGAGGAACAUUUUAGAACUGUUUUGCUAAAAUCUAGGUCAGUUUAGUGUCUGCUUGUGCUGGUGGGUUUUGCAUCACUUUAAUAUUCUGGAAACAUGCUGCUAUUGUGGAAAACAGAUGCUCUAUUUAAAAUUCUGCUGCAAAAGAGACAAACUGCCUCUUGUUAUAGUGGUUUAGAAUAGCUUUGGCUCAUAUUCUUUAGAAAUGCAAGUUUUGCAUACAUUUUUAAUAUACUUGAGUUGCAUUGACUUCAAGCUGCUUAUCUAAAGGGGUUCAAUUAUCUGUUUACCUGUUAUUGCAUUACUGUUGGUCUUCCUGUCUUAUAGUUUUAAAAUUUUUUUUUAAGAAUUUGUCAACUCAAGGCUGGUUGGUGUUUUCAUCGCAGGGAAUUUGUUCUUGAACAGUAUUUGUCUGUUGCAGCAUUUGCAAUUGAUACACCAAACAUUUUUGUAAGGUAGCAUGUCAGACAGGUCUCAUGCUUCUGCGUAUUUGCAUGUAUCCACAAUCCUUCUUUGUGCAGCUAUAUCUUAACGCGAGGAGUGGUUAUGUCUCAGAGUGUAGUUAUCAGAUACUGAUGGCUUUGUUAAAAGUCUAAAAAAAAAUUGAAAGAUGAUAGCACCAUUUUGCAAGAAAUGUGUUAAAUGUUAGAAAUUCCAGAACAAGAAAAAGUUUUUUAUUUUUUUUAUUACUUUUCGUUUUAGAAAAAUCUCUCCUUUUAGAAACUUUUCUUUUAGAAAUGAUGAGGGGAGAUACUGUUGGUCUUUGGCUCUUGUGGAGCAGUUUCUAAAAUAAAACAGGUUUUAAAAGUGAGAAGGUUUAUCUGAAAAUGUUAAAUGUUCAUAACAUGUGAAGAGUUUAUCCUUAUUUGCCAGGCCUUCACUGUCAUGAGGAUCUGUACCUAGCUUAAGAUCAUGCAUGUAUGUGUCCAUUCUUUCAUUUCCUGGGUCAAAAUAUUUUCCAGGGAUAAUUCAUUCGUGAUCUGAUUAAUUCUUUACUGAUCCCUGGCUUUGUAUGAUAAACGGCAAUUUUAGUCUCAACCAUUGUCAUGUUGAACUUUGUGAUCAAUCAUUAUACUUUGAAAGUUGGAACAUUUCAUUGACCUUUCCUGUAGGACAGCAGUGUCCAGAUAUUUGAUGUGUAAUCCACCAAAACCGUAUGUGACUUUACACUGAAAACAUAGUGUUGCUCAAAAAUAAAAAUAAGAUUAUGGUGGAGAUAAUGUUAUAAAUAAUUUGUCAUUGGCAGUAUGCUGUUGAUUACAAGCAAAUUGUGGUUUGAUGUAUGCUGAUCACAAAAAAAGACAAAAUAAGAGAGAAAUAUCAAUAAAGCACACAAAGCUGC